AUGCGGGGCUUCAGGGAUGCCUGGAUACGGGGAUGCGGGGAUAUCUUCCAGCACAUCAUCCGGCGGGAGAUCACGGACGAGGACGCCCGGCACCUCUCGCGCAAGUUCAAGGACUGGGCGUACGGCCCUGUCUACUCCUCGCUCUACGACCUCUCCUCGCUGGACACCUGCGGUGAGGACGUGUCCGUGCUGGAGAUCCUGGUCUACAACAGCAAGAUCGAGAACCGCCACGAGAUGCUGGCCGUGGAGCCCAUCAACGAGCUGCUGCGCGACAAGUGGCGCAAGUUCGGCGCCGUCUCCUUCUACAUCAGCGUGAUCUCCUACCUCUGCGCCAUGGUCAUCUUCACCCUCGUCGCCUACUACCGGCCCAUGGAAGGCACUCCUCCCUAUCCAUACACCACCACUGUGGACUACCUGCGCCUGGCCGGGGAGAUCAUCACCCUCUUCACCGGUGUCCUCUUCUUCUUCACCAACGUCAAGGAUCUGUUCAUGAAAAAGUGCCCGGGCAUCAACUCCUUCUUCAUAGAUGGCUCCUUCCAGCUGCUCUACUUCAUCUACUCGGUGCUGACGGCGGGGCUCUACCGGGGCGGCGUGGAGGCCUACCUGGCCGUCAUGGUCUUCGCGCUGGUCCUGGGCUGGAUGAACGCGCUCUACUUCACCCGUGGGCUCAAGCUCACCGGGACCUACAGCAUCAUGAUCCAGAAGAUCCUCUUCAAGGACCUGUUCCGCUUCCUCCUGGUCUACUUGCUCUUCAUGAUUGGCUACGCGUCAGCCCUGGUCUCUCUCCUGAACCCGUGUCCCAGCACCGAGUCCUGCAGCGAGGAGCCGUCCAACUGCACGCUGCCCACCUACCCGUCGUGCCGCGACAGCCAGACCUUCAGCACCUUCCUGCUGGACCUCUUCAAGCUCACCAUCGGCAUGGGCGACCUGGAGAUGCUGGAGAGCGCCAAGUACCCCGGUGUCUUCAUCAUCCUGCUCGUCACCUACAUCAUCCUCACCUUCGUGCUCCUCCUCAACAUGCUCAUCGCCCUCAUGGGCGAGACCGUGGGGCAAGUCUCCAAGGAGAGCAAGCACAUCUGGAAGCUGCAGGUAGGAGCGGCUGGGCCGGCGCUGCCCGUGGGGCUGGGGGUGCCAUGGGGCUGA